AUGGCAUUAGGCCCGUUGACGGAGAAUGUGGUUCGAAGUAAAAGUCUAAAAGGACCACAUAUUUCUAUGAGAUCAGUAAAUAACGAGCAUAAUAUAGCUGCAAGUGAAAUAAAAUUACAAUGGUCUGAUUCGUAUUAUAAGUAUUUAUAUUCCGAUUUAACAAGCGCUAUUCGUAAGCUAUCAGGCAUAUCGCCACGAAAAACUUCAACUAUUUCUUCUCUAUACACUGCGGAACUCGUUCCAUUUUCCAAUCUAUCCCAAACAACGUCAUUAUAUGAUUCAACGUCGGAUACAAUUCAGGAUAAAAUUGCAGACAGAUGGCCGCACUUAAUUGCACUACGUGAUGAAGAACUAAUUCCCGUUGAUAUGAAUGAAGAACAAGGUUUAUUGGAUGUAACUUCGUCAGAUAAUGGUAGUGGAGAUAAGACAGAGAACAAAAACAGAGAAGAAAUUGAAAAACAAAAUCAGGUGGAAUUUAAUCAAGAAGAAGAAUUAGAACAAGAACACGACGUAAAAUUCCGUGAAGAAGAGCUACCAAAACUAGAACUGGAAUCAGAAACAGGAGCAAAAGAAGAACAAGAGCGUAUAUUAUUAAAAGAAAAAAUGGUUUUUAGUUAUCAUUGGCUAACAAUUUCAAAUGUGAAUUGUAAUAAUAUUUGGAAAAUGUAUGAUUCGUUAAGUUAA